AUGAUACAAGCGCUCUGCUGGUACUCUUUCUCUACCCUUGGUCUAUUUCAGGGACGUUUGGAGCGUUUCCGGCAUGGGGGCGAAUUAGAUGGCUCAGCAUCGUGUGUAGCGUUCUCUAGUGGUGGAGGGCAUAUUGCAGUUGGAUACAGCAAAGGUUUCGUAAAAAUAAUAAACACGAAAAGCGGCGCUGUUGAACAGUUGAUCCAAGAUGCAGUGCAGAUAGGUCGGGGAGUGUUGGAGAUUUUAUACAUUGGCUCUCGUCGUACUAUUUUGACCCUCGACAGUGGUGGAUCAGUGUUCGAGAUCCAAAUUCUGCAGAAGUUUCGGCUCGCAGGGAAAUCGCGGAUUCGAUGCGUAUUCUCUGGCUGCAAUGGAGAAGUCAUUCACAUGCGUUUAUUACCCUACUCUCUUUUAGCUUUACUCACAGUUUCUAAGAUUUUGAUUGUUUCUACUCGUCUGGGUGGUUCAGUGGUUUGCGUAUUUCCAAUGGAAAGUAGCCCUAGUUUUCCACCCUUGCUGGAUUUUAUUGAAGAGAACAAGAGCGCUAAUGGAGAGCGCAGUGCUGUUCGCAUUUGCGUAGCUCGUGGAAGCAAUUUGAGCAUAUUUAGACUCAACCCACAACAUAUUGGCACGCAAGAGGAAAGGGCCCCCAUUGUAAACUUUGGCUUUCUAACGAAGUCGUACCUGGUCGCGUUCGAUGAGCGAGGUUCCUGUUCGGUAAUCAAGGAUGACAAGCAGGUUUCUUCUCAAAACAGCUCCCCGAGCAGGAUACCGUUGUUGUUCUCAACAUCGGAUUUCAAGGGUUUAACCACUGGUGGUAAUGUGAGUCCAGCCAUGCAAUGUUUGGCUGAGAGAGCAUGCUAUCAGUCGCUUUGCCGAAAAGGCUCUUCUGAUUGCCUGAUCGCUCUUUCUCACGACGAGCUAUUCGAACUGACUCUCAUAUCUGAAGACGAUCAACUAGAGUUGUUCAAUUCAAGAGGUGAAAUUACGUCUGCCUGCUACUAUCUGCUCGAUAUCCAUCGCGGCCGUAUAAGAGCUGAACAGAAGUUUCUGGACCGUCUUCCGAACUUGCUUACGGAACAGAUGAGGCGGCUUGUCGACUUGGCCAUGAGCGGCUGCAAAGAAGGAAAAGUGUCAGACCUUAUAGCUCAUUAUAAGACAUACAUAUCAAUUCUUCUCUCAAUUUGCGUUGGUACACGGAUGUAUGAUUUUCUCUAUAACGAAAUAUGGCCAAGGUGA